CUUGAGUGCAAUUUAACGCCACUGAGUUGCACACUUUCAAAUCAUUACAGCGGUAAUUUUUGCAGGGUGUGUAUUUCCCCAGUCGUUAAACACACACACACACAUACGUAAAGUGGGGAAUUGGAGAGGAGGCAUUAACCAGCUCUUUCCAAGGAAUUCACUGGAAGGGAAGGAGGAACCUGAAGAGGAAGCUGAUUUAGGAUGUGGGACACGAGAGGACUUCUUGAGAGGAAGGAGAUCAGGCCGCACUCGCAGCAGUCUCAGUAGUGGGAUGGGACGGACUCAACUUCAGUCGCCAGUGUCCAGAGGAGCCUAGAGGGGCCAGGCCCCCAGGUGCUGUGCACCUCUACUGUAAGAAGCAGGGUGCUGAAAAGGCCGGGCGGGGUGCUUCUUGUCGGCGCCGCCUUCGCCGAUGCUGGGUGCUGAGUGCCCGAAGCCCUGCAAGGGGAAAUGGCCAACGCCGCCCUUCGACCCGCGCUUCCCCAACCAGAACCAGACCCGCAACUGCUACCAGAACUUCCUGGACUACCAUCGCUGCAUCAAGACCAUGAACCGCCGAGGGAAGAGCACACAGCCCUGCGAGUACUACUUCCGCGUGUACCACUCGCUGUGCCCCAUCAGCUGGGUGCAGCGCUGGAAAGAGCAGAUCAAGGACGGGACUUUCGCUGGGAAAAUCUAACGGUCUGAGCGCGGCUUCUCCUCCGAAGAAUUAGCCCCAGUGACAUUCCCCGCCCCAUCUUCCCGUCUCCCGGAAAAUGGCCCCACCGCCCCAAACCUCACCCCUCUCCGCCCCUUCUUUAAGCCUCAAAUAAAGCGGUG